AUGGCGCCAGCUGAAGAUCGCAUGGCCCGCUUCAAGGCCCUCCAGGCGCGAGCAAAAACGUCCUCCGCAACAAACCGCGACGAAGCUACAAAGGAAUCCCAGAGACUGGGCACAGAUCAGAGCCAACUCACAGCCCUGAAGCGCAAGCAGGACAUCGCAGCGCACAAGCUUGUCAAGGCGGAGAUCGAAGAAUCCGGCAAAGAUUUUGAGCGCAAGCGGGCGUGGGACUGGACGGUUGACGAGAGCGAGAAGUGGGACAAGCGAAUGAAGAAAAAGGCUGCGCAUCGUGACAACAACGCCUUUAGCGACCCCCAACAGGAGAGCAACAAGAUUUACAAGCGUCAGCUCAAGAACAUCACUCCCGACAUGGAGCAAUAUGAAAAGCAGAAGAUGGCAGCAAUUGAAAAGGCAGCCGCUUCAGGGGGUUUGGAAAUUGUCGAGACCGAAGAUGGCGAGCUCAUUGCCGUCGACAAAGACGGGUCAUUAUAUUCCACAGCCGACACGGCUACCCUCACGCAGAACAAGCCCGAUAAGGCGGCGGUGGACCGCCUGGUUGCCGAUCUGCGACGGGCCGAAGAGCAGAGACUCAAGAAGAGAAAGGAGCGCAUGGCCAAGAAUGGCGACGACGGAGAUGUCACAUACAUCAACGAGAAGAACAAGCAGUUCAACCAGAAACUGGCAAGGUUCUACGACAAGUACACUGCCGAUAUCCGGGACAGCUUCGAGAGAGGCACCAUGAUUUGA